AUGAUCGGUGCUCGUGUUGGCCUUCGCUCUGCUCAGGUUGUCUCCGGCCGCCGCUUCGCCUCUACGGCGCAGCCGGCUGGCCUCAAGAAGACCCUGUUCCAGACGUGGUACGAGCCCGCUGCCAUCCCCAUCUGGGUUGUCGUCGGUACCGCCUGCUUCGGCGCUGGCUGGUACCUGACUCGUCUCGCCCGUGGCGCCGACGUCACGUGGGACAGGCGCGGCAACCCCGAGCCGUGGAACAACAUCAAGCCCGGCACGCUCACGAAGAUGUACACCAACCAGCCGGACAAGUUCGACUCGGUCUACUCGCGCGACCGCCUCUAG